AGCAGAUUCUCAACAUUUGGUUCUUUUGACGUGAUAGAGUCAGCUUAUUGUCAACAAUGCCUGGCGGGUCAGUAAAUGGGAGGCCUUUUAGGGAAGAGGCAUCAUCGUAUGCUGCUACUGGAGUUCCAAGGGGCAACCCAAGUCGUGUCUUCCAUCAUGGCGUGAUGCGCAUGGGAAACAGUAUGACGGGGAGGCUGCUUGCACCAGAUGAGAAGAUUGAAACAGAAGGAGAGAAACAACUGAAGGCACUAGCGAAGAAGCAAAUUGCCACGGAUAUCACACUUGAGGAUCACUUGAAACAGAAGAAAGAAUUCACAAGUGGGGUGAUCUACAAACCGCUGGUUCAGGAUGUUCAAGGACAACUCAGCCUCGAUGAUUAUGAAGAACUUGCUGAAAAAGAUAAGCAAAUUGAAGAACUGCGCCAAUGUGGAUUGACAAGAGAGGAGGUGGACUUGAAACUGUUUAGUCAGGUGCCAGAUAAAAGACGUCGUCUUGGAGCAGACCCAGCCAUUCAGGAGAUGAGGAUCUCAGAAAUCGAUGCUAAAAUCUCAGAAAAGCAACAUUCAUUGUCCAAACCAGAUCAAUUCAGCGGCGUUAAACAGCUCUCAAGGCACGAAUACGAUCUCGAACAGUCACUUUUGCGGGCAGGUAACUCUAAUGACAAGAAUGUGCUGUCGAAAUUCACUAGGAAAAAAGCGUCCAAGGAUCAUAAACUUGACUUUUGCAGGAGAAAUACUGAUGAAGGAAUUGUGGGGAACACUGCAAGUGACCAUAAAAGUGGAAAGGAUAAUUCAGGGGCACAUGACAUUUCACAAACUGAUUUCAAAUCUUUCGUUGAGACAGAACUGGUUGUAAAGUUUUGUUUGAAAUGUUACAGAAUUUUUAAAUCGGAAACUAACGUGAAAAUAUGUGAGGAGUGUGUCAGAAACUGUUGUGCGGAUUCUAAUGAGGAUGGUCCUGCGACUCUGUGCGGGCCAGUCAGGGCUAUCAGUGAAAAUGUGAUCAAGAGAGACCGUCUUGGGAUCGAUGAAAUCAGAGAUAUUCCACGGUUUAAGGAUUAUUCUCCUGGAGUCAGAAAUAAGACACUCUUCCUAAAAAACCUUGCCUCUGGUGUGACAGAGUUUGACCUGGUGUCGUUGUUUGGCCGCUUCCAAUCACAGGAUGGACCCAAGAUUGUCUACAGAUUGAUGGCUGGCAGGAUGAAGGGACAGGCUUUCGUGACGCUGGAGAGUGAAGAGACUGCAGGAGCUGCCUUGGCUCUCCUCAAUGGCUACCAACUGAUGGGGAAACCUCUUGUCAUUCUGUAUGGCAAGAAGACUGGCACAGCAGACAAGGGUUGAACAAUGACACUGUGAGACUGAGAUGAUAUCCGCACCUGUGUUGGAGUUCCGAUGGCCCUGUCCGAGCUUCAGGCUGAUGUCAGAACCUCCUGUCAUGUAGUGAGAAUGAUGGCUUCUGAGACUAGGAUUUAGGAUUGUCACAGCAGACUAGGGUUGAACACUGACACUAUGAGACUGGGAUGAUAUCCGCACCUGUGUUGGAGUUCCGAUGGCCCUGUUCGAGCUUCAGGCUGAUGUCAGAACCUUCUGUCAUGUAGUGAGAAUGAUGGCUUCUGAGACUAGGAUUUAGGACUGUCACAGCAGACAAGGGUUGAACACUGACUCACUGUGAGACGGGUAUGAAAAUUGCACACAUGGUGAAGUUCUUGUAGCUCUUAUUGAGAGUAACCGGCUGACAAGGGAACCUUUCUGUCAUGUAGUAAGAAUGCUGGCUUGUGAGAUGAGGAUUUAGGACUGUCACAGCAGACAAAGGUUCAACUCUGACCCAGUGAGACUGGGAUGAAAAUUACACCCGUGAUGAAGUUCUGGUGACUCUGUCAGUGUAACAGACUGGCAUGGGACAACCUCUCCCCAUUUGGCUUCUGAAGAAUAAAGUCACAACCUGUCCAACACAACAGGACAACCGCUCCCCAUUUGGCUUCUGAAGAAUAAAGUCACAACCUGUCCGACAUAACAGGACAACCGCUCCCCAUUUGCUUCUGAAGAAUAAAGUCACAACCUGUCCGACAUAACAGGACAACCUCUCCCCAUUUGGCUUCUGAAGAAUAAAGUCACAACCUGUGCGACAUAAUAUAAUAGCCUCUCCCCAUUUGGCUUCUGAAGAAUAAAGUCACAACCUGUCCGACAUAACAGGACAACCUCUCCCCAUUUGGCUUCUGAAGAAUAAAGUCACAACCUGUCCAACAUAAUAUGAUCGCCUCUCCCCAUUUGGUUUCUGAAGAAUAAAGUCACAACCUGUCCGACAUAAUAUGAUAGCCUCUCCCCAUUUGGCUUCUUGAGUACGAAGUCACAACCUGUCUGAGAAAAUAGGACAACCUCUCCCAAUUUGGCGUCUAGAAUACGAAGUCACAACCUGUCGGACAUAAUAGAACAGCCUCUCCCAUUUGCCUUCUAAAGAAUUAAAGUGAUAACCCCUCCGAAAUAACAGGACAGCCUCUCCCCAUUUGGCUUCUAGAGAAUGAAGUCACAACCUGUCUGACAUAAUAGGACAAUUCCGCCAAAACUGACUCGUCCAAGGACAAAGUAACCAAUGUGGACUGCACAUGAACAUCUUACAAAGCACAGCUCGGCCUUUCUUCCGCCAGUGACAUUCUCACUUAAGAAUAUACUGUACUUAGUAUAAGUUUUGCCACAUAACCCGGCUGGCACACUAAGAUGAGACAAGCCUAUCACAUCACCGGUGGUACGUACGUGCUUUACUAUUUAGUUGGGCUAUUCAACUAUAACCUUAUCCUUUUGAGUUGCCGUGCCACAUAGCAAAAGUUAUUGAGACAUUUUAUCGUUAGCGAUCUGUUGCAAUAAACGACAGGGUGAGAUAUGGUUCAGAGCAUGCCGACUUUAAUCAGCGGUGAAUAUCAGUCCUAAAGUCUCCUCCUUUCACAACGACGGUGGAUCGGCAUGGGUUCAGAGCCGCUGUAAAAGUAAGCGGAUGUGUCAACUGAACCGGAUGCCAUUGCCCGGUAAUAUCAAGUCGAUAGUAAAUCUUAAUUCCGGUGACGUAGAGUACA